AUGAUGUUUCUAUCAAGAUGUGAAUAUAUUAAUUCAAUUCUAAAGGUAUCAUUUUAUAGAAUAUUGAGGAUGCAAAGUACCAAUCUAAAAAAAUGAUUUUGAUAAUUAAUGAUUAUAAGGAUAAAAAUAAUGCUGAAAUGUAAUUGUAAUUAAAAGCAAGAAACUUUAUAAAACAUCAUAUAUUUUAAAAUGAAAAUUAUAAAAACCAAGAAGAUAGGAGAAAUCAAAUCACAAAAUCUAUAUAAUUAAAAAUUCUCAUUUAGAUAACCUUUCUUAAAGAUUUAUUUUCAUCUUAAGCAGUGCCAUUUCUUACUUUCUUGAAACUUUACAUUUGGCUUCUAAUGAUAUAGUAUUUUCUUAAAAUGAAUCAAAUGAUUCUAGUUUGUAAUUUAAUUGUAGCCUUAUAUGAAGAGAAAUCUAACUAAACUUGAAAAAUUUUAAUAGAGAUGAGAAAUUUGGAGAGUACUCAUUUUUCACAGGUUUUUAUCCAAAGCAUUCAGCCAAAUGUGUAAGCUAUACAAUCCUUUAUAAAAGUGAGAGAGUGAAAUUCUUAUAAAUCAAUCAAUAUUAUGACAAAGAUUUUCAAAGGUUUCAUAAUAUUAAAGAUUAAAUAUUGUUGAAUUCAGAUUAUUCAAAAUGCAUUUCAUGUUGUUAAAAUUGUAGAUUAUUUACACAUGAAAUCAUUGAUUGUCCAUUAUUAUAAUACUAAUCAAAUUUAAAAUAAAGAAUUAAGGUUGCUGCCUUAAAGCGAAUGAAAACAUAAGAAUGUAACAUAAUAGAGAUUUACAAAAGACUAAUUGUAGAAAACUUAUCAAAAAUAUAAUGUUAUCUAUAAAAGCAUUCUAAGAUGAAAAUGAGUCAAAAAAGUCUAAAUAUCAAAUUAUCAAUUGGGAAAUCUUUAUAAAACCACUUUUGA